AUGGCAACGUCUUUAUCCCAGCCCAGCGGUAGCAUGCUCAAAUUGGAUGAGCCCUCGUCCGUGAAUCCAGAAUCCGUAAUGUUUAGCGAUUCUGCGGGGUCUGUCCGUUUGGAAAUUGAGCCAGGGAAAACUCCAGCGAAAUCGAUGAAGCCAAAAGCUCCUGAGCCUCAGCUACCCCAUCCAAUAUCGUCCUUGACACGCUCGAUAGUCGAGUUUGCCAAGUUUAUGAUGGGAACCACGGGGCGCGAUUAUCAGCUUCCCGAUCCACCGACAACCGAGGAAUUGAAAUACUUCGAGUUUUGGAAUAUUUCGAUCCAGAAUAAUCAAGACACCCAAGCAACACAGAGGCCCCUUCCUCCGCAGAUCGCGAUCGGUGACGAUGUCAUCCAGGACAAGGUUGAAAACGACCUCCCAGGGAUUGACUACAAGCCCGCACCGAUCCCGCCGAACUACGAAAUAUCCAAGCACGUUAAGCAUGAAUGUGACGCCCAGUUCUGUUUACGAGGACUACCACGAAUCACGUUCCAAUGGAACAAGCCGAGCUUAAAGACCUCGCCAUGGAAUUCUGCAUCUGCGCAGAUCCUGGCCGAUCAGUGGCACAGCUGGUACCUGGAAAAGCGACAUUACUCUCGCUCGACUAAGCUCAAAGUAGAUGCCCGGGCUGUCAUUGCCAGAUGGCUCAAAACCGCGGCCGGAAAGCAGCGCCGAAUAACGAAAGAAGAGUUAUCUCUACGAGAGUUCAGGUUGGACCACUUCAAAGAACAACACAAGCAGGCACGCAGACAGAUUGGCCUAUCUCGCCGUAUGACCGCUCAUGCUUGUUUUCCCAAACACAAGAACUUCUUUUCUAAACUAAUCCUUCCCUAUUGGCGCAGCAAGGUGCUAGGCGAUCUGUCACACGAGUUGGACCUGGCAGCAAUCCAAUUGGCCAGUCCUGAAGAGAAGCCUACGAUCUCAAAACUCCUUCAACGCCGAGAAACUCGCGACGCAACCGAGUUCGAAGCUUCUCUCGAAAAAAUCCCCCUCGAGGCUUUCACCGAGUGUUUUAGUGAUGAGUUCCUCCAAGAUACCUCCGUUCUCGAGCGCCGUCAACUUCAGAUCAAUGAGACCACCCAACCUUACUCAUUAUCUCAAGCCCUCGCCGACCUCCAGAAGCUCACUUGUAAAGAGAAUGCCCGGCCAAUCGACUAG